ACCACCAGCCCUAUGAUGAGUGCUGCUCAAAGUCAAGAGAUAUUGAGGACCAAUUUGGAGGCACUAGAAUGCCACUUUACAUGGGAACUGGACAACAGCAGGUCAAAACUUUUGCUUCUCAAGGAUAAACUGGAGGACAUUGGCACUGAAGAGGGUUACCUAUGGCUGGGUCACAUUUAUAACCUGCUGGCAUACACACACUACCAACUGGGCUCUCAAGAGGAUGCCUUUAAGUACUUUAGCAAGGCAGCAGAGGCAUUUUGCCAGAUUAGAAACACUGUCUCAGAUGACGGUCCCUGGUUGAUGGUAAACUACGGGAAUCUAGCAUGGCUGUACCAUAAACUGGGUGAGGAAGAAAAAAGCAAAGACUAUGUGGCAAAGGUCGAGGCUCUCCUAAAGCAACACCCGUCUCUAUCCCCGGGAGAACAUCAUCCAGAGGUCUAUGCUGAAAAAGCAUGGACCCUGAUGAACUUCAGCCAACACAGAAAGAUGCAAGCUGUGGAAUACUUUGAGAAAGCAAUCAGGAUGGAUCCAGACAGGGUGGAGUGGCAAACUAGCCAUGUGUUAAACUUGGAGAAUGCUCUUGAGUGCCGGACGUCAAAACAAGAGGCUGAGAUCUUGAAGAAACUAAAAAUUGCUAGAGAACACGAUCCAGACAAUUUGUACCUUGCUGCUAUUUACCUUGGAACCCUUGCCAAAACUGGAAGAAAUAUUGAAUAUGAAGCACGUGAAUUGGCUGAACAAGUUUUAAGAAAGCCUGUUAGCAUCUACAGUGGUAUUAGACCAUUGCUAAGACUUUACAGAAUGUAUUUAUCUCUUGAUGAGGCUAUCGGUUUGGCAGACGAGGCUUUGGACAGACACCCAAAUGAACGGCUUCUGAAAUACUGCCUUGCAACCUGCUACAAAUGGAAAAUCUUUUCGGAUGGAGACCAACUCUUGAGGCCAUGUCUGUUGGACAGAGCCAUCAGUCUUCAACACGAAGUGAUCUCCCUUUACCCUUUUUCUUCGCUUCAGACAAAAAUUGCCCUUGCAAAUUUACAUGUAAAAUCAAGUCAUCCUGACAAGGCUAGCCACAUUUACAAGUCAUUGUUGGAAAGCAAUUUGGAACCUGCUGAGCAACAGAUUCUUUAUAACAACUAUGCAAAAUAUUUACACUUUAAUCUGCAUGAAUACGACAGUUCAAUAGACUAUCAUAUGAAAGCAGCAGAAAUACCAUAUCCAUCACGCUCUCGUAAGAAUAGCAUUAACAUUUUGAGACAUAUCUCAGAAAGGAGGCAACAAUUACGUGGUAAAAUUGAAGCUUUUCUGGUUAACCUCCAAGAGUAGGUACU